CAGCAGGUUCUGUGUGGUCGCACCGCCUCCUCCUCCGGGGGGGUGCUGUACGGCCGGAGGCUGAGGUCCGUCUCAUCCUCCACCUGCGUACUAGGACGGAACAGCAGUACAGUGCUCAUGUCCUGACUUUACCUCGGGACAGAUGGUAAUUUCACAUCACAGCCCCCACCUACAAAAUAACCACCAGCCUCUUCUUUCCACUGCACCGGCUACGGUGGUCACUCUUUCUGCUUUAGGAAGUUACCCGGGAUGGACUCGCAGCGAGAGAAGGACCAGGAUGCAGACUGCGAGAGGAUCACUGCCGUGCUGCUCAAGUCACGAACGGGAGAAUUUGAUUUGGAGUCGAUACUGUUUCUCAAAUUGAGAGGUCUCGGUAUACAUGACCUCGGUUGCAUCGGGGAGUGUGUAAAUUUGGAGAGACUGGACCUGUCUGGAAACAAUAUAACAAAUUUAGCUCCUCUAGCGUCUCUACGGCUUCUCUCCGUGCUCAAUUUGUCGGCUAACAGGAUCUCCAGUUUAGAGCCCAUACGCAGUUGUGAGAGUUUACAGAAUUUAAACGUGGCUGGUAAUAUUAUAUCCAGUAUUGAGAACCUACACUGCCUUGUUUCCUUGAGAAAGCUAGAAAAUAUACGCUUUAAAGACAACACAUAUAAUUACACUAAUCCAGUGUGCAGGAUCGCAUCGUAUAGGAACGUAGUUCUUGAAAUGUUCCCCCACAUAAAGGUGCUGGAUGGUGAAAGAGUUGUUGGACGUGGGAGUGACUUGUACCAGUUAUGCAAAGACAUUGAUGAUACCAUCAAAGCUGGAUCAUAUAAAAAUGGACAACUUAUUGAGCACCCUGAUUGUAAACCCUGGGUGGAAGAUACUUACUGGGAAAUAAAGAGAUCAAACAAUGCCAUUAUUGAGGAAGCCUACAAACAAUUUAAUGAUGUUCUUCAUGAAUGCAGACUCCUCAACAACCGAGCCACUCAUGUGAUUUCACAAACAGAAAGGUCCAUGAGUCUGAAGAAGCAGCCAAAGCAAUAUGCCAUCUGAGCUGGGCUAUUUUUGACACAUUUGUGUGCAAUAAAAAGCAACUGUUCUGUUGUCUUGCUGCACCAUGGCUAAUGUACUGUAGUUUUGUUUUUGUUUUUCUAAAUUACAGCGCUAUAUCCAAAUGCUUGAGAAUUGUCAUUGCCAUGCAAAUGUGCUCUGUUGCAGUGUGUGGCAUUUGUUGAAAGUGCACACAUCCUAUGCAUAGGGUAUCGGACAGAAAUGUAGGCGGUUUGAAAACCUGUACCCAUACUGACACCCCUCAGUUUGGUUCAAACAUGUCUUAACCUGCACAGUGUGCAUUUUGUACAAUGUUGUAGCCCACAUUUAUCCUGAGAGUUAUGCUGCUUAAAUAUUUCUAUAGGUUAAGAGCUUUUUUCCAUUUUGCAUUGCUGGAUAAUUUGGGGAGAUAAUGUGUCUCAUGCUGUAUGCUUUCUUUGUAGGUUAAAUAUUUUUGCAGAAUAGUGGUUGAAUGAUUGUUUCGGCUGUUUCUACUUGUUUUAUACCAUAAAGUUUACUAUGUGUACAA